CUUGAUAUUACUAGCUAGUUCGCCGGUAGUUCCAUCUAAACCCCCACUACAUAAUACGUCGUCGUCUUAGCUUUAACCUUUGGAGGUAGGUGGGCGCGACAAAGUCACAAAGGGGAAGAAAACAAGCGAAUAGCUCCGCUGUCAUGUGCUAAGAAAAAAAAAUGAUGACCUACUAGGCCUUUAAAGUGUAAGACCAACAUCAAACUCCUCACUUAUAAAUAAUAACAACUUCGGGACAUCUGCAAUACGCAUCAUCUACUUCGAACGACUCUUACCGGACUCUACUAGGCCAACUGGUUUACCUGUAAAGACAACAGAAACGCUCGACAAGUAUCCUUCGACCAGCACACUUGCGAAAGUCGAAUUUAUCUUUUCUUUAGACAAGUAGAACAGACGUACCUAUAUAUCGACUUAUCAAGUUUCAAUUCGACUCCCUUGCCUCUAUCAGACAAAGACAAAGACAAAGACAGGGACAGAUAGAGACGGGCAGAGACAAGCAGAGACAGACAGAUAGACAGAACCUGGAAAGGAGAAAAGAGAAAAGAGAAAGAGAAGAGAAACUACUUGUCACAAUGAACACCUCAAUGGUCAAGUCUAGAUUUCUGUCUCACCCCGAGGACCUCGGCGUCGUAGCCGUUGGUUUCUCAGGUGGUCAGUGUAAACCUGGUGUUGACGCCGCCCCCUCGGCCCUAAUCGAGUCCGGGCUACUCACACAAUUGCGAGAUGAGCUCAACUACAACCUCCACGGCCACGACACCGUUCACUCGUACCGCGAUCUUGUUCCCAAGGACGACCCUCCUUUCCGAAACAUGAAGAACCCCAAGGCCGUAAGCAGCGUUACCGAACGUCUAUGCGACCAAGUAUACGAACAAGCCAAGGAAGGGAGAAUGGUCUUGACACUAGGUGGUGACCACUCCAUCGCCAUCGGCACCAUCGCCGGUACCGCCAAGGCUGUGCGGGAGAGACUCGGUCGCGAGAUUGCCGUCAUCUGGGUAGACGCCCACUCCGACAUCAACACUCCCGAGACGAGCGGAUCCGGCAACAUCCACGGCAUGCCUGUCAGUUUCGUGACAGGUCUCUCGAAAGAAGAGAAACCCGAAUACUUUGGCUGGUUGAAGCCUGAACACAUGCUCAACGUAAAGAAGCUCGUAUACAUCGGCCUACGUGAUGUGGAUGCCGGUGAGAAGAGGAUCCUUCGCGAGAAUGGGAUCAAGGCAUUCAGCAUGUUCGACAUUGACAGGCACGGAAUCGGUCGCGUCGUCGAGAUGGCGCUAGCACACAUCGGCGCCGACACGCCUAUCCAUCUCUCGUUCGACGUCGACGCGCUCGAUCCGAUGUGGGCGCCCAGCACGGGCACACCGGUUAGAGGAGGAUUGACGCUUCGAGAAGGAGACUACAUCUGCGAGAGCGUGCACUUGACGGGAAGUCUCGUCGCCAUGGAUCUCGUCGAGGUCAACCCGAGCUUAGCGCCGGAGAUCGAGUUGGGAGCGCACGAGACGGUUCGCGCCGGGUGUUCGUUGGUGAGAUGCGCCUUGGGCGAGUCAUUGCUAUAAGAAAGCCUGAUGAGGGGAGACUUCGCCAAGGGG